GUUCAGAGUAUGUCGAGAGGGGUAGGGCCGUUGACUCUAUAUAAUGUCCUCGAGGGUACGACUAGCACCCAGCUGAUAUUCGCAUGAAACCCCACACUUUCUCUAAAACCGCCUGCAAGAAUACCUACCCCCUGCCAGGAAUCUGCACUGACAACGCUUGAUUCAUCCACGAUGAAGCUCACCAUUCUUUCAACCACUCUGAGCUUCGUCUUAGCCACUGCCAAUCCCCACUAUGCUCACGGCUCUGCUUCCAAGUGGGAAGCUCCCGGUCCCGAUGACUUUCGCGGACCAUGCCCAAUGCUGAACACCCUGGCCAACCAUAAUUUUCUACCGCACGACGGCAAAGGGAUCACCAAAGAUGUGCUUACUCGUGGCUUGGGCGAAGGACUGAACUUCAAUGCGUCACUUGCGAGCUUGAUGUUCAAGAUGGCCACUGUUGCCAAUCCCGAGCCGAACGCUACCUUUUUCACCCUGGACCACCUCAACAGACAUAAUGUCCUGGAGCACGAUGCGAGCCUGAGCCGCACCGACGCCUACUUCGGCAACAAUCACGUUUUCAACGAGACCAUCUUCAACGAGACACGCGCAUAUUGGACGGCGCCCUUGCUGGACGCCAAAAUGCUCGCCAACGGCAAGAUCGCCCGCCAGGUGUCUUCCCGCGCGUACAAUCCCACUUACAAGUUCACCUCGAACACGGAGGCGUUUAGCGUCGGGGAGGUGUCGGCCCCCAUUGUUGCCUUUGGGGACAUGGAGGCGGCGACUGUUAAGCGAGAUCUCGUGGAGUAUUUCUUUGAGAACGAGCGUUUCCCUACCGAGCUGGGAUGGUCAAAGAAGAAAGAGGUGGUGAACAUUGAGGAUAUUACUCGACUGUCGGCGAUUAUUACGAACGCGACGAGUCUUUUGACCGGAUUGCAGGAGAAGAAGACCAGGCGGAAGGACUUGCACAGUGGAUUCCAAGUCCUCUAGGAAGGACUGGAGCAUGAUGUAUAUAAGUUUCGGCCCUUUACAUAGUAUUUGGCAUAUCAACCAGGAACGACUAUCAGAGAUAGAUUGUGCUGGACGCUAUGCUUGAAUAAUU